UUUGCUGCUUUGAAUGAUUGCUGUGCAUCACUGAUCCUAGAUCAGUUUAAAGUGAACUCAGAGAAACAUCUCUGCAGUCUGACGGGGAAAUUACUCUAAGCGAUGAUGUUACUGGGUCCACUGUUGAUCACGCUGCUGCUCCAACUCCAAGGAUCAGAUGGCAGUCCGUUUGUGACUCAGUCUCCUGCCGUGAUGUCUCCUGUUUUGGGGUCGACGAUCUCUCUGAGCUGUACAGCCAGUAGAGGAGUUGAUAAUGAUCUGAGUUGGUACCUGCAGAAACCUGGACAGCCUCCCAAGCUGCUGUUUUAUCAAAUCAACAGCCGUCAAUCUGCUCCGAGUCAUUUCAGCAGCAGUGGAUCAGAGCCUCAGUUCACCCUGACCAUCACUGGAGUUCAGGCUGAAGAUGCAGGAGAUUAUUACUGUCAGAGUUUCCACAGUGGCCCAGUGUGGAUUUGCAUGAUCUUAAUGCAUCACUGCUCCUCACAGUUUAAGUACCUCGGUUACAGAAGGUCCAAAGUGUGUUUAUGCUCUGACACUGAGACCUGCAUCAGGAUGAUGUCUCCAGUACCUCUCAUUGUUCUGUUGGGUUUUCUCACUCAGGCAUCAUCUGCCAACAAUUUUCUGACCCAGUCUGAAAGAUCAAAGUCAGUUAAUGUUGGAGGAACUGUGACCAUCAGCGCCACAGGAAGUUCUAAUAUUGGUGCUGAUCUCAGUUGGUACCUUCAGAAACCUGGACAGCCUCCCAAACUUCUUAUAUACAAAGCUUCAACUUUGUUCUCAGGAACUCCAUCUAGAUUCAGAGGCAGUAGAUCUGGUUCUGAUUACACUUUAACCAUCAGUGGUCUUCAGGCUGAAGAUGCUGGAGAUUAUUACUGUCUGGGUAACCAUGGCGGCGGUGUGUUCACACAGUGAUUUACAGUCGUACAA